GAGUAAGGGAAGAGCCGGUUGUGCUGCCGCGAGGCAGAACGUGCGGAUCGACUGACUGUGAAAGCACAGCAUCAUUACCACGCCAGACCUCGAGGAGAACAGACGUGUUUCUCGUUACUCUGACCUCAGUCGAGAUCUCGUGUCGCUCGUAGUAGUUUACCGCCCGCUCUCGUCUCUCGCCGUACUCUUGUUUUCGGCGCGCCGCCGAUUUGACACGCGUGUGAUAUAUCGCGCCAAAGAAGAGACCGCGGACCCGGUGGACCGGGUGUCGACGAUUUUCCGAUCUCGUCGCGUUCAUCUUCGCACGCGCCUCCGAGGCUCACGUGACGGCUCGCGCGACGACUCUCGCCUGUGUGUUUACUCUUGCGAGUGAGACGUGAAUCAACUGGUGCGGCUGUCAGAUCACUGUGAGAAGCAAGGACGUUGAACGCUUGUGCUUUGACGAGAGCUUUCCGCUUUUUGACUCUCCUCGAGUGCGUCGUUGCGGAGCGAGAAACUAAACGGAACUCCCGGAGUGCGUUUACCUGCGCCUACGUUCGAGGACGAAGAGAAGAAAAGAAAAGAAAAGAGAAGAGAAAAGACAAGAAGAGAGGAAGCGAAGAAGGCUCUAACCAUGGCGAUACCAUUCUUGCCCGGCGAUGACAACGACGAGGGAACGCAAACGAGAGAACAAUUGAUGCUGCAGCUAUAUGUAACGCUACACAAUGCCCUUCGGAGCAGGAACGCCCACCAUCCGUCGCGAAAUCAUCGAGCACGUCGACCCGGCGGUCGCGAGGCCCAGCAGCCUCUGGUGAUUUUUCUACAACCCGGCAACGCCGAAGAUCUAUCGAAUCUGCCAUUGCCGGAUCUGGUGCAAUCGGCCCUAGAUCAGCUGCCACCGCCGUCGCCCCAGGUGACGGUAUCCGUCCCCAACAGCCCGAUGAGAGACGCGACCUUCCAGUUCCCCGAGUGCACAAACGGCGGCGGUGCGCCGCCGCCGAGCCCAAGGCCACGGCCGCGAAGACGCUUCGCCUCGGAGAGCUCCAUCAUGGAAACGGGCCCGAUCGAGGUGAGCAACUGCAACAACGGGAACACCUGCUGCUGCCUGAUCCUCAACGAGAGGCAGUCGUGGACGAGCGUGGGUGCCAAUCUCAGGAACAUCGCCGGCGACUUUCAUGCAUGCAGGACCAAGGAUGCCGAGAUCGAGAAGUCGAGGUUGCCAGUAAUCAGUCCGGGUUUAUCCAACGGUCGCAACAGCAACUCGUCAUCCGCCGAUAGCCUCCUAUCGCUGCUGAUCCCGACGCCGUUGCGAGAGACCCUCUGGGCAACGGUUGCUCUGUACCUCGGCUGGAGACUUGUCUCCCGCUUGCGAUAGACGCAUCGGUCUUGCCCAGCCAGCGUUCCUGUGGACGACGAUCAUGUCAGCGACCGGAAUGACGGCAUUGAAAGUCGUUAGAAUGGACUUCCGCCAGCAAUUCCUUUCUGGAUGUCUUCCGGAAGUCCUGGAAUCCUCGAUCGGACUGAUCGUCUCGAGAGAAGGAAGAAAACAGUCUGCGGCGCGUACUGCGCAUCUCACUUUGUGAUCGGAUGAUGGAUUAUCGAGGUAGACGUAUCGAGAAGACGUACAAUCUCUCGUUUGAAUAUUCACUCCGAUUGUAUUUUGUAUAUCUGUUUUGUAUCUUGCGCGUCCCUGCGCGCAACUACGCGAGAAUGCGCUUGUUUGAUUUUGAUCGGAUCUUGCAGGUCUAUCUGACUGUUUAGAAGAUAUUGAUAUAAUCGAUGAUCGAAUCAUGAUGAUGAUAGU